UAAGCUCUUCAUUACUUGGAUUGCAGUAUUUGACUUAUCUGGACUUAAGUUUGAAUAACUUUUCCGGCAAAUCCUUCCCCAAUUUUGUUGGCUCACUCAAUAGAUUACAACAUCUCAAUCUUUCAUAUACCUUUAUAGCCGGAACCAUUCCACAACAGUUAGGAAAUCUCUCAGGAUUGAUUUCUCUUGAUCUCUUUGGGAAUUAUGAUCUGACGGAGACACAUAAUCUUGAUUGGUUAACUCAUUUUCCAUCUUUACAAUACUUGGACCUAAGCAUGGUUAACCUCAGCCAGGUAGUCAAUUGGCCCAAUAAGGUUCUGAUGCUCCCUUCUUUGAUACACUUGAGUCUAAGUGAUUGCCGUCUGAUCUCCACAACGACUUCUCAAUUACUUUCCAUGAUCAAUGCUAAUUCCUCAUCACAACUUAUAUUCCUUGAUCUCUCUUGGAAUUAUGAUCUGAUGGAGACACAUAAUCUUGAUUGGUUAACUCAUUUUUCAUCUUUACAAUACUUGGACCUAAGCAGGGUUAACCUCAGCCAGGUAGUCAAUUGGCCCAAUAAGGUUCUGAUGCUCCCUUCUUUGAUACACUUGAGUCUAAGUGAUUGCAGUCUGAUCUCCACAACGACUCCUCAGUUUCUUUCCAUCAAUGCUAAUUCCUCAUCACAACUUCUAUUCCUUGAUCUCUCUGAGAAUUAUGAUCUGAUGGAACCACAUAAUCUUGAUUGGUUAACUCAUUUUUCAUCUUUACAAUACUUGGACCUAAACGGGGUUAACCUCAGCCAGGUAGUCAAUUGGCCCAAUAAGGUUCUGAUGCUCCCUUCUUUGAUACAUUUGAGUCUAAGUGAUUGCAGUCUGAUCUCCACAACGACUCCUCAGUUGCUUUCCAUCAAUGCUAAUUCAUCAUCACAACUUCUAUUUCUAGAUCUUUCUUACAAUCAUGAUCUAAGGGAACCACAUAAUCUUGAUUGGUUAACUCAUUUUUCAUCUUUACAAUACUUGGACCUAAACGGGGUUAACCUCAGCCAGGUAGUCAAUUGGCCCAAUAAGGUUCUGAUGCUCCCUUCUUUGAUACAUUUGAGUCUAAGUGAUUGCAGUCUGAUCUCCACAACGACUCCUCAGUUGCUUUCCAUCAAUGCUAAUUCAUCAUCACAACUUCUAUUUCUAGAUCUUUCUUACAAUUAUCUCACCAACUCAGUAUUUCAUUGGUUGUUCAACGCCACCAUAAGUUCUCUUCGAACACUAAAUCUUGCUGAAAAUCAACUUGUUGGUGGCAUUCCAAAAUAUUUUUGGAAUUUAUGCGCCUUAGAGUAUUUGACUCUUUCGUAUAACAAUCUCAAUGGAAGUCUUUACGAAUUUAUGAGUAAUGAGUCAAGUUGCUUGGUGGACUCCUUGCAGGAUUUUCAUAUAAGCAACAAUAGAUUCAUAGGAUCAUUGCCCGAGAGUAUUGGAAACCUAUCCAAUCUUCAAACGUUGGAUGUUGCUCAAAAUUCCCUCACUGGGGUCAUCACUGAAGCCCAUUUUUCAAAUCUCACCAAACUGAAAAUGUUAUAUUUAUAUUCCAACUCCUUGAUUUUGAGAUUCAGCUACAAUUGGGUUCCACCAUUCCAACUGUAUUCUAUUUAUUUGAGCUCUUGCAAAUUGGGAUCAGCUUUCCCAAAGUGGCUUCAAAGUCAAAAGAAUUAUUAUCAGCUUUAUAUUUCUGAUGCUGGGAUUUCUGACAUUAUCCCUGCUUGGUUUUGGAACUUCCCUCCGAGGUUAACCUAUUUAGAUAUGUCCAACAACCAGCUGCAUGGAAACUUGCCAGACUUGUCAUCAUCCAGACUUGAUGAUUUUGCUAGUAUAGAUUUAAGCGCCAACCGUUUUGACGGUUCAAUACCACUUUUUCCACUGAAUAUGGCAUCACUAGACCUAUCGAAUAAUAGGUUUUCUGGGCCAGUUUCCUUCCUAUGUAAGCUCAAUACUCCAAUGUUAUUGGAGUCUUUAAAUCUCUCAAACAAUACACUGUCUGGAGAGCUUCCAGAUUGCUGGACGUAUAUUCGUGACUUGAUUGUUCUUAAUUUGGCCAACAACAAUUUCUAUGGAAAAAUACCAGACUCAAUCAGCUCCCUAGAAUCUCUUCAAUUUUUGCAUUUAAGCAACAAUGGAUUUGUUGGAAAUAUGCCGAUGUCCCUUCAGAAUUGUAGCGAGUUGAUAACUAUUGACUUGGGAGCAAAUAACUUGUUCGGAAUGGUACCUCCAUGGAUUGGAAACAAUCUACCAAAUUUGGUUAUUCUUAACCUACGAUCUAAUCAGCUUUAUGGAAGGUUGCCUUUAAGCCUAUGUCGUCUAUCUCAUAUUCAAAUCUUGGACCUUUCUUUAAACAAGAUCGAGGGAACUAUUCCAGAAUGUAUCUACAAUUUGACUGCAAUGUCACAUACAAUGGAUACAAUUUCAAGUGCCAUAUAUGCAGAUAAUAUUUCAAGAGGAUCUUAUACAGACUAUGCAUCCUUGGUAUGGAAAGGAAGAGAGCUUGUGUUCAAAAAUUCGUUGAGACUUGUGAAGAUGAUUGAUCUUUCAAAUAACAAAUUAUAUGGAGAGAUUCCAGAAGGAAUUACUAAUCUUAUAGAACUAGUUGCCUUGAAUUUAUCGAGAAACAACUUAUCUGGAUUAAUUACUCCGAAGAUCGGUUUAUUGAGAAAUUUGCAGUCUCUUGAUUUAUCUGGAAACCAACUUUAUGGUGAAAUCCCAAUGAGCAUUUCCAACUUAAAUUUUCUUAGUCAAUUGGACUUGUCCGCCAACAACUUAUCUGGCAAAAUCCCAACAGGAACUCAAAUACAGAGCCUUGAUGCUUCUGCAUUUUUGGGAAAUCCUAAACUAUGUGGCUCUCCCCUUCCAAACAAGUGUCCAGAAGAUCUUCAUCCAAAUUACAUUAACACUCAGGGCCACAAGAAGGAAAAUGAUGAUGAUGGAUUUAUAACUAAAGGAUUUUAUGUUGCUGCAACUCUUGGAUUCAUUGUUGGAUUUUGGGGGGUGUGUUGCAUUUCAGUGCUAAACAUACGGUAUAUAAUGAAGCGUCUCAUUUCCAAUGUUCGAAUGAUAUUAGCAUAGGCUACACGUGGCAGCAGCUCUAUGUAUGCUCAGUUUGUAGUAAAGUUCAACUUUAAGUGAUCCAGCUAGCAGGAGACAACUACAUCAUUUCAAUAAGCUAGUCAUGCUACUAUAUACAGCAUCAAGAUCAUUUUGUUUUUUUUUUUUUAGUGGAUUAGUUGUACUUUUUUUUGGUUCGAUAUAUUGUAUCAAUCAAAGACAAUUAUUGUAUCUUAGACCAAUUAUUUCAAAGUAUUUUCAAUAGAUAACCACUUUUUAUAUUAUAUAAUUGAUCAAUCCUGCAUAUUAGUUAAGAUUUGACACUUCGAUUAUAAAACACUAUAUGUGGAUUUUGUCGACAUUAUAUCUAUUAUAUAUAUAAACACGAAUGUUAAAUAAACAAUAUUUUCGUCUAAUAUUUUUUUUUUCAAUUUUACCCCAGCUUUUAUAUUUGCUUUCCCUUACUGUCCUUCAUUUCCGUUUUCCAGUUUUCCACUGUCCGUACUUCUAUAAUUUUACUCUUCUUUUGCCGACUAUUGAUCUUUCUCCGUCAUUCGUUUUCUUUUAUUCCAAUUUUUACGUUUAUAUCCCUCGGUUUUAUUGGCAUAUUUACGGAUUUGCACUUACUUUUAUUAUGUUCUUCACAUAACUGACUUACUUUUUGAUCUUUUUCUUUGUCAUGCUUAUCCUUCUGUUUUGUCUAUUUAUCCACCGCCUUCAAAUACAAUUUUUGGUCUUCUUAAACCUACAGUUCUAUCUAUUUACCAAAAUCUCUGAAAUCUUUGUUAUCUGCUUCUUACGGUUUGCAUCGUCUGGUAUGAUUUCUUAUUUUCCUUCUUUCUAAGUUAAAUUUUUUUGAUAGCUUAUUACAUAAUUUGCUCGUAGAGCACUUAGAUGUAAAAAAAAAAUUACAUAGGAGGAACAUUACAAGGCCAGGCAAGAACAAAGUCGAACAACAGGAACAAUUGAAAUUGUUUGUUGUUCACCGCUCUUAUUUGUUAUUCAAGUUUGCAUUUGUAUGUCCAUUUCUGUGUUAUAUCAGAGGAUGCUUACUGUAAACCUAUACAAUAUCCCUGAAAAAACAAAGUAAAAGUAAGAUCCUCAUAUAUGAAACAAUAUUACAAUGACACGUGGAAAAGAAAUGAAAUCAAAAACUGUUGUACAUGUGUAGAUAUCUGAAGAGAUUUGUUAAACUCGGAAGAAAACUCGCACCGAAAGAAAAAAGAUCAAUAUAGAUCGAAAAAUAUUAAGUUUUUCAAAACCCAUUUUAUUCAUGUACAGAUCACAUCCAAAGAAAUAUGAUAAAAUAUCCUAAAACAAGAGAAAAGUAUAUAUAAAAACAGAAAUAAGAAUAUAAGAAUAUUUUCAAAUCUGAAGAAAAGAACAAACCGAAACAACAGGAACAAUCGUAAAAAAAAUUGCCAAACUAAGCUCACCAGUGUUAUUUGUUGUUCAAUCUUCGAUUUCUAUAUCUUUUACUGUCUCCAUUACUGUGUUACAUAAGAUGUUGCUAACUGGUGACAUUUUCAAAAAUUAAUAUACAAACACAAAUAAUAAUAAAAAACAAGUUUCAAAAAAAAAAAAAAAAA